UUGUUUUGAAGUUAUGCAUAUAAAUGGCAGCAUGGAGCAUUUUUGUCACUAAAAUGCUUGUAAAUCACAAUUUCAUAUGUUUACUGUGGCAUCCCCCUUAAAAUAUGCAUUUAGAUAAUAUGGCUCUUCCAUCUGUCCUCAGAUCCCAUUCGAUCUCCACAUAAUCCUCUGAACCAUUAACUGAGGACUCCAUAAAUAGAUAACUAACUAAUAGUUUAUAUCCAUAAUUUUAUCCUCUCGCCCUGUUAAAUCUGCUAUGAAAUUUCUACCACCAACCAAAAAAAAGGGAAAAAAGAAAACUCGUAUAAAAAUUCUCCUCAUCCUGGCAUCUUAUUUUCAUAAACCUUCUCUCAUUGCACCAAUCUUCUUCUUUCAAGGAGAAUUUUGAGCUCUUCGGCUAUGACUUCGUCAUCCAAUAGCAACAUGGAAGAGAUCACCAAGGUGGAAAAUGGCAGCCGCGACUGGGAUUCAGGAUUUUGUUCUGCCGCAAUGGUGAAUGUCACACAAAAGUUGAUUGCGGAGGCCAUUGGAACGUUUUUCGUGGUCUUUGCCGGGUGUGGAUCGGUGAUUGUGAACAAGAUGUAUGGUGAAGUGACAUUUCCAGGGAUUUGCAUUACAUGGGGUUUAAUUGUUAUGGUGAUGGUAUACUCGGUUGGUCACAUUUCUGGAGCUCAUUUUAAUCCUGCUGUCACCAUUACCUUCGCAGUUUUUAGGCGAUUCCCUUUGAAACAGGUGCCUUUUUAUAUCCUUGCACAAGUAAUUGGGUCCAUCCUUGGAAGUGGAGCAUUAUAUCUGCUACUGAGUCCAGAGGCUGAACACUUCUAUGGAACAACUCCAGUUGGAUCACCAAUUCAAUCUUUUGCCUUUGAGAUUAUUAUAUCUUUUAGCUUGAUGUUUGUCAUAUCAGGCGUCGCAACAGACACUAGAGCAAUAGGGGAGUUAGCAGGAAUUGCUGUUGGAUCCACUAUAGUUAUAAAUGUCUUCAUUGCAGGGCCAAUAUCAGGAGCAUCAAUGAACCCUGCAAGGACCCUAGGACCAGCCAUAAUCAUGAAUAACUACAAGGCAAUUUGGGUCUAUAUUCUUGGACCCAUACUGGGGACUUUAGCUGGAGGUUUUACUUAUAAUCUAAUUAGAUUCACAGAUAAACCGCUGCGAGAGAUAACAAAGAGCUCUUCAUUUCUCGGGAGCAUGACUAGGAAGUAAGGGAUGGUUAAGAUGUAUGUAGUUGGUCAAAAGGUAUGUAUGUCCUGUGUUUGAAGACCAAAGAUUUGGCUUUAUCUGUGUGUAUAUGUUCACUAAUCACUACGUUUUCUUCCCCAUUCUGUACUAAAUAUGGAGGCACUCUGUUUUUGUGAAGCAAAAUGUUGCUUGGUUUUAAUUUC